GUAAACUCGAAAGAGUCCCUGAAAUGAGUUAAAAACUGAAGUUUUGCAGCUGGCGGUAUUUAUUGACAUGCGCAGUGAGCGGCGGAGGCUGGUCGGCGCGAAAUGAGAGCAGCUGCAGAUUCAUUUGUGCUCCGGCUGAACUGAGGGGAAGGUAAAAGCAGUCACAGCCAUGAAGAAAAGAGGUCGCAGACACAAGAAAUCCAAGCAAGCGUCGGAGAGUCACGGCACAAUGGCGAUGCAAAAUAAGAGGAAAACUCCUCCGUGCCUGUCGAAGCUGCAGACUGAGAAGAGCCAGCUGGUUCUUGAAGCCGUGGUCACCACUCAGCACUGCGACGUCGCCGAGAGUCUGGAGAAAAUGGACUGUGGCAUGAUCGGCCAUCCCGUGGUCAUUUCAGGAGAGCUGAAGCCGUUCCUGCUGCUUCCCAGAUGGAGAGAUUCAGACCAAGUUCGACUGCAGAUGUUUGGCCACGAUUUGAAUUACAAGCACAGUGCGAACUUCCUGAAGAAGCACCCCAACGUGGCUCCAGCGAUGAGAUCGAUCCUCCUCAACUGGCUAAUUGAGGUGUGUGAAGCUUACACUCUCCAUCGGCAGACCUUCUACCUGGCUCAGGACUACUUCGACCGGUUCAUGAUGACGCAGAGUAACGUUCAGAAGGACGUACUGCAGCUGAUCGGCAUCACCUGCCUCUUUAUAGCAGCCAAGAUGGAGGAGUCUCAUCCUCCCAGGCUCCGGCAGAUGGUGUACGUGACUGCAGAUACCUACAGUGAAAAGCACAUUAUUCAGAUGGAGCUGGCCGUUUUGAAGCAUUUGCGUUGGCAGCUCACCCCUGAAACGCCGCUGUCCUGGAUGAAUUUAUUCUUCCAAUUGUCAGCGAAUAGCAACGGUUCAGAUCUGCUGGAGCGACAGUUCCCCCUGGAUUUUUAUCUGCAGAUGACGCGUCUUUUAGAUCUGUGCAUGCUGAGUAUUAACGCUCUGGACUUCAGAUAUGAAGUCUUAGCUGCUUCAGUCUUGUGCUAUUUCGUUCCUCAAGAGAGAGUUGAAGCAGUGACAGGUCUUCCGAAACACGUCAUCCAGCCGUGCGUCACCUGGAUGGCUCCUUUUGCUCAGUCGGCGAGUCGCUUUGGCAAAGAAACACUGAAAGACUUUGCGGGAAAGAAAAUAGAAGACGGACACACCAUCCAGACACACACCGACUAUCUGACGAUGCUGGAUGAAGCCAGUCAAACACCGUACUACAACCCCAGCGGCUCCGACAUCUUCACACUGAACUAAAGACAGGGUUCCGCUCUCUUUGAGGAAGACUCUUGGUCACAGGAAGGUUGAGAUAUUCAGGAGCAACUCAGUUUUUAACAUCUGAUUGUUUUAAAUCUCUGCCAAAGCUCUUUUUGUAAAGGUUUUAACUUUUUACUAGUUUGUUUUAUUAAGAGAUGAUGAAUGUGUUGAAUUUUACUGUAAAAUGGAAGUCAUUUCUAGGAAAUGUGACGUGCAAUUCUUUCAAGUAUUUAAAAAAAAAAAAAA